UAUCAGUUAUCAGUGCUUUUGUGUUUUUAUUUACAAUCAGAUUUCAACCCUUUGAUGCUUUUGCAGUUUGUCUUUACCUCCCUUACAUUCUUUUCAAGUGUGUCCUCACGCGUUCUAAUUAUUAUUUCUAUUACAAACUAUCGGUUAACUCAUAUCUAUUUCGAAGGCCCCUUUUCUUGUACAUACAUCAUCAGUUCCAAACAAGUCACUAGUCUCAACAUUAUUUAUCGUUCAGUGGGUUUGGCUAAUUGCAUUGUAAGCUAUAAGCAUACUCAUACUCCUCAACUCAUAAUGGAAUCUUCGGAAUCUUUUACUACCCUGCCAUUCAUCUUCAUCGGCAUCUUCCUAAUAAGUAAAUCGCAAACGUAAACAGAACCUAAAAUAUUGAAUUUCUCUUUAAGUAGGCUGUGUGUUGUAGGUUCAAAGCACAAUCAUUGAGCAGCCAUGAGUCGCAAUCUGGACUCUUUAACAUCUCUCACCGAGUUUGACCCGCCAAGCCCUGAGCCUAAAGAACCCUCUGUCUCAUCUAUGUUCUUCAAAUUUUUUAGUUUUUCUAAAGGUGAUGGAACUGAAGACACAAAAUCUCUACCACCAGCUCAGACUAGCUCAGAGUCCUCCAAUAAUCCAUCAAGAAGUGAAUCUUCGGAACAAAUAUCUGAUAAAAUUAAGAGUGAUCUUUCAGAUACUGUCAGUUUGCCUGACCAACUUCAGUCUGGAGCAAAUGAGGGAAGAAGUCUUCCCAAUGUUUUGAAACGAGUGAGAAAUCUUGUAGCCUUACGUAACACUGGUUUGCAAGCGUACAAGGACACGGACCUUCAGCAGUAUUGGAUGCCUGAUUCUAAGAGCAAAGAGUGUUAUGACUGCAGCUGCAAGUUCACUCUAUUGAUUCGUCGGCAUCAUUGUCGAGUGUGUGGCCAGAUUUUUUGUUAUCGUUGUUGCAAUCAAGAAAUACCUGGAAAAAUCAUGAAUUGCACCGGUGAUCUAAGGGUAUGCACAUAUUGCUGCAAAGUAGUUUUAUCCUAUUUGCAAUCUGCAGAUGUAGACGCAGAUCUUUCUGCAGAUUUACGCGCACUUCAAGAAGAUCUACAGUCGAAAUUUGGGAGCAACUCUGAACUUUCAUCAAGCUUAUUGCCAUCAGAAAGCCCAAAUAACUCAACCAUCAGUCAUAAAUUGUCCACUGCUAGUUUGGAUAGUGAGGAUACAGCAAAAAGAAAAACAUCUGUCGGAUAUCAAGAAGAGAGAUUUGCCCAAGGGAGAUCUGCGUAUUUUGGUUUUGCCUCUUCUCCGUCUAUUGAUGACAAAUUUUGCCGCAGUCUGCAAAAUUCUGCCUCCCUCCAAAGUCUCGUAGAUGAAAUGAAAGACCCAGCCAAUGGUCUCUCAUUUCAAACAUACAAACACCGCUCUGUCACUUGUUACUCUUGUUUGCUUGGAUAUCAGUUGGUCGACUGGCUACACGCAAAGGGGAAAGUGACCAGCCGGUCGCUAGCUGUGGUUGUAUGUCAAGCACUCCUUGAAGCGAACUUGAUAGAGUGUGCAUCAGCAGAACUUAGUUUUGUUGAUGGCCCGGCAUUGUAUAGAUUCUGUUCCUCAAGCAGUGGAGAUUCAGACACUCCCACCUGGGAGGACAUUACGAAUUGUAACUCAACAGAUUCAAAUAUUAGGAAUUUUAGCAAUGAUUCAGCUCCUUCAAAUCCCGAUGGAAGCUUUGAUAACCAAAGAUUGUACCCAGUAGAUACCUCUAGCAUGGACUCCAGUACUUCCUGUGCAUCAGGUUCGGAAAAGAAAGAAGUUUUUAAUUUAUUCAAGAAUACAGAAUCAAAAGAUUUUUUAACCAUGGCUUCUUUGAAGAACCUUAUAAAUGCCUAUCAAGAAAGAGAACCUCACAUCCGUCCUGUGAACUGGCACAUCGUGAACCCUCAAGCUUUGCGUUCAGACUUUCAAGAAGCCAAAGUUUUUAUAGAUCUAAGAAAUGCAUUCACUCUGCAUCGACAGAAGUUUUUGAGCCAGCUUCUUGCGUCUGCAGGGCUACCACUUUCAUGGAGUGAUGUAGUUAUCCCUCUGGUGGAUCGGGUUGUAGAGGAUGUGAAACCAGAUGUCAGUGAGAAUCUUGACAUCAUUGAUAUUCGACAGUAUGUCCAAGUCAAAAAAGUGGUUGGUGGCUCUCGUCAAGAAAGUUUUGUUGUUGGUGGAGUUGUUUUCACAAAAAAUAUUGCGCAUCGUGGUAUGGCAAAUCGAUUGAUUAAUCCUCGUAUUUUACUCAUCCAGUGCCCAAUUGUCUAUCAGCGCAUCGAAGGAAGGCUUUUGUCUCUAGAACCAGUCAUGAUGCAGGAGCAUGAAUAUUUACGGCAUGUUGUAUCCAGGAUUGCAUCAUUGAAACCGGAUGUUGUUCUUGUUCAUCGAAAUGUUUCAAGAAUUGCACAGGAGUCACUGUACGAUUUGAACAUCACUCUCAUUCUCAAUGUUAAACUUAGUGUUUUGGAGAGGAUAGCUCGAUGCACCAGAGCAGACAUUAUCACAUCCGUGGAUGCUUUCUUUGGCAAACCUCACUUGGGGACGUGCCAUUAUUUUCAUGUUGAAACCUUCAUAAAUGAAGCAGGCUUAUCAAAAACUCUGGUUUUCUUUGAAGGCUGCGCAUUUCCUCACAGAGGCUCCACUGUGAUUCUUCGCGGCCAUUCAUCUCAGGAAUUAUCCAAAUUGAAAGUCAUCAUGAAUCAGCUCAUAUACAUGAGUUACAAUUGGAGGCUUGAAAAUUCUUUCUUGAUGGAUGAAUUUGCCCGACCUCCAAACUUCUCUGUCGACAGCUUCCUCAAAGAGUCUCCCCCAUCAACAAACCUGCAGAAAAAUAUCGAAACAAGAGAACCUAAACCAAAGUUCUCAGUCGGCGGAGAAGACACUGAAGACCUUGGCAACCUUAACAUGGAUGAAGAGGUGAAGCCUAAAAAAUCUGAGCCUACUCAGGACGGCGAGUUCACUUCCUUGAGAGCCAUCAAAAAUCAAAAUAAUGAGAAGACAUCCAAAAACGUCAUCAGUGACUACAGUGAUCCUCUCCACAUUUACCUUAAUUCUGAAGAUCAGUGUGUUUCAAAUAUGUAUUGCAGUAAGUCAGAUCAGGCUUUAUCGAUAGCAGAAGUUCCUAGAGCAAAUUCUUUUCGCAAAAUAUUGGAUGAAACCAUUUUGUGUGUCUCCCCUUUUUUGACAUUCACAAUUCCCUAUCUUGAAACUGAAGCUGGGAAGAACUGUGAGCUCCGGAAGUAUUUCCCAGCUGAGAGCUACUAUUCGCCUCUCCUCAGUAAAGAUGAAAGUGCUUACCCAAGUCAUAACAUUCUUUCAAAGCAGCUAAGUGCAUCUACCAAAGGUCCAGAAUUAGAAGCCCCUCAUCCGUUUACAAUUGCUAAAAUAACAGCUGGCGUAAAGGAAAAUGAGGUACAGAAACUUUUAGCAUUAUACCGAGCAUGUGGGAGUCGUAUAAAAUCUAAAGCCGGUAACAAAAUGGUUUUAACAGAGAAGAGACAAGUUCCAGAAAAGUUGCAGAAACAGUCACUAGAACCAGAGAAGAAAGGGAAAUUGGAUGCUUUGGAUCCUGCUAACCAUCAAAGACUCCCAGUUUUAUUUUGUAGUUUUUCUCACAAAUCAAAUAAUGCUCCUGCGUUUUGUGUAACCCCUUGGAUCGUGAACAUAGAUUUUUAUGGAAGAAAUGACAUUCCUUUGGGGAGAUUUCUGGAACGGUAUUGCUUCCGUACAGCGUACAAGUGCCCAUCAGACUUGUGUGAAACCUCUAUGCUUGAUCAUGAGCGGCGGUUUGUGCAUCAAAAUGGCUGUGUCCUCAUUUCAUUACAGGAAAUUUCAUCGUCAGAAAAGCCUAUUCUUGAGGAGCGCAUCCUUCUAUGGAGCUGGUGCCCAAUCUGUGGUAUUGUGACACCCAUUGUUCCUAUGUCCUCAGAUGCUUGGGCACUAUCUUUUGGAAAAUAUCUAGAGUUGAAAUUUUAUGGGAAUAUGUACACAUGUCGAGCAUUUCCGGAGGAACGUUGCAAGCACUCUCUCCAUCAUGAUUACUCUCAGUAUUUUGCAUUCGGGAAUCGUGUUGCCUGUUUCAAGUACAUGGGCAUUAUGAUUUGGGAAAUAUCGCUCCCACCUCCUAUUUUAACCAUCUUGCCCUCUCCUCAUCAGCAAGAAGCUGUGCUUGAUGAAAUGAAAAAGUGGGCAUGCAUGGGUCAUGAAGUAUUUAGUAAUGUUCUUGAAAAAUUGCAUGCAAUGGGUAUUUCAAAUGAUCCAUCAAUACAGACCUUCAAGCAGCAAAUGCAAAAAGACCAAGCAUACUUCAAGUUACGUGUGGAGGAAAUCCAGGUUAAAUUGGUUUCUCCAACUUUAGAAAAGUCCAGUGAAAAAAGUCCUACAUCAAUCCAGACAAGAAUUCUGGAACUGCAGGAUUCAGUCACUAACUUGAAGAAAAUGGUAGUUGAAUAUGUUGGAAAGUGGAAUGCAAGGAUUUUGAAAGCAGAAAGCCUGAUUAACAUGAAGAAGAAAGACGAGAAAUCAAAGAAAAACGAUAGUAAAAGCAUCUCAAACCCAGAAUUAGUUUUGGAAAGCACUGGAAAAGCUGAUGCUGACUCAGUGACAUCGAGUUCAACUGUUGAAGAAUCCAUAGCAACGGAAGAUCAUGGACCAAAUAUCCAGACAGCCUCAUGUGAAGUAGGAAUGGAAGUUGAAGAAGAGACAAAAAGAAAAUCAAGAACAUCUCUAGAGAUGGAUGAAGCGCUGAAGGUACCAGCUGAAGUAGAAAAAUCUGGAGGUGAACUUUCUCCUAAAACUGAUAAGAAACAGGAUGAUCCAAUCCUAGAAUUUGAGAAUGAGCUAUCAGAAAUUAGUGAUGUUUUUUGUAGUGUGGUUCCUGAAAGUAGUUCUAGUUUAUGGUCUCAAGAGAAAAAAGCAGUGAAAAAUAUUUUACUACAGCUACUGCCAGGAGCUGCACCGGAUCUACCAAUUCAGUGCCCAACCAGUGCAACAGAACAUUAUGCACUAAAAUCCAUGGUCGGCUCAUCAGUACCUGUCAUCGUUUACGAAAGUGAACCCAGCUCAAUUAUCGCCCAUGCUCUCAGUAUGCACGAUUACCGCAUUGCCUUGUCUGAGUUACAGAGUAAAAGCCGGUCAACGGAAACUCAACCAUCACCCAACACAAGCUCUAAGAAGAGGCACAGUGGUGCAGAAGAGUCAGGGCAGCAAGGAGAUGGCAAAAAGCAGAAAGUUUUCUCAUUCCUGCGUACUCAAAACAGUAGCUCUAGUACUGUUUCAGGAAAAAGUAGCUCAGAAAAUACAGCUCAGCCUUUCAUCUCUGGAAGUGAUGAAAUAGAGACCGAAGAAUCUGUUAAACAUGAUGUUGAUUCCAAGUCAAAAACUAGUAAACAAGAUAAUGCUUCAAAUUUAGAGGUACAAUUUAGUGAUGCAACAGCCAGUUUUAUCGUGAAAAUUUAUAAAGCAGAAGAAUUCCAUAACUUACGAUCAUUGAUAUUUCCAGCUGGUGAAGAGGCAUACAUUCGUUCUCUAUCGCGCUGUGUUCAGUGGGCUGCCCGCGGUGGCAAAUCCGGCUCCAACUUUAGCAAAACCAAGGAUGAUCGGUUUAUUCUUAAAGAAAUGUCACGGCAAGAGACCCACUUAUUUUUGGAAUUUGCACCACAUUACUUUAAUUAUGUUCAGAACUGUCAAUUAUCAAAUCAGCCAACUUUACUAGGAAAAAUUGUUGGUGUGUAUCGUGUGACUCACAAAAACAAUGUAAAUAGUAAUCAAGUAAAAUCUAAUCUUUUAGUCAUGGAAAAUUUGUUUUAUGGUCGAACCAUAACGCAUAAAUUUGACCUAAAAGGCUCUGUAAGGAAUAGGCUUGUCACACUCUCAAGUGAACAAGAUGGAGAAAUAGUUUUGCUUGAUGAAAAUUUCAUCAACAUGACAUGUAACUCACCUCUGUAUGUCCAUCCUCAUGCAAAAGCAAUUCUUAACUCCGCAAUUAACAGUGAUACAAAUUUGCUUGCUCAGCGAAUGAUCAUGGAUUAUUCAUUACUGGUCGGUCUAGAUGAAAAUAAGAAAGAACUAGUCGUGGGCAUCAUUGACUACAUUCGCACAUUCACCUGGGAUAAGAAAGUGGAGGCAAUGGUGAAGAAAUCCGGGCUUUUAGGAGGCCAAGGCAAACUUCCAACUAUUGUUUCUCCAAACUUAUAUCGAGAAAGGUUCAUAACAGCGAUGGAUGGUUACUUCUUGCUGGUUCCCAAUAGAUGGUCCGACCUUGAAGUCCAUAACUUAUCAAGUUUUGUCUGAAUUUACCUCCAUUCCACAUUGUUACGAAUAGGAGAGAAUCAAUUAUCUUGGCAAGUCCUUGAAAUUAAAGGUAACACCUGAUCCGUACAGAAUCAGUGGUCAAUAUUCCUGAGGAGGAGGCUGCUCUUUUAGCUUUCCUCCCGUGUUCAAUAAAUCUUUACAAUGUAAAAUCAAUCAUUAUUUUCUCCUCCUUUUGAUGUUAGCAAAAAAUCAGACUAUUUCAUCUUUAAGUCGUUGAUUGAUCAUCAUUGAAAUUGUGAUACACGUUACCGUUUUAUACUUUCUUUUUAAUUGGAUUUCCCCCUGUUUAUAAUGUUUUGCUUCAUUUCAAAGUAUUUCUUUUAAUUAAAUUGUAGGAUCUUAGUAAUAUUCUUCCAUUUUAACUAAACUUUUUUGUUGCAGCUAGUAAGCAUUUUAUGAAAUUUUGUGAUAUACCAUCAGUUGUUAGAAGUUGAUUAUGAACUUCAAACUUAUUGAUGAUUUUUGUUAUUCCUUCUUGAAAAAAAUUUGUAUUUUUGAAACAAU